AUGCGCAUUCAGUGGAGGGUAAGAAACGGCUUCAAUUCGCUGAGAGUAGCCCAUAUUCAACUGUCAAAGUCUGUGUUCCGGCUAGCCGUCACUGGCUGCUAAAAAAUUGGGAAAAAAUAAGAAGGAGAGCAAGGAAAAAGAACUGUCCUGCUGCACUGGCAACAGUCGGCAGACGACACGGGCUGAGAGCGGUCGUGACUGGGGGCGCGUGACACGACAAUAAUAACAACCAGACGAACAUUACAAACGAUUAGACGUCCCUCACGUUCUGCUAAUUACCAGAUCCGGAUUAGCCAUACCCGGUGCAUCUGGUUUUAAAGUGAUUUCUGUCUUCAGAUACGUCUGUACUGUUAUACGACCUGAACUUCAAGGUAAAAGACGACAAAGACGACUAGCGACGGGAAAUCUUGCUAGCUUUUGGCUCGGAAAAGGAAAUAUCGCUACAUGUGUUGCCAACAUCGUCGUACGCGCCAACAAAGAAUCUCUUUGCUGAGCUACUCCCACCUAGUUGAAAUCUGUUUUCUCUGUCUGUGGCUGCCAUUUUUGGAUUUGCUCAAUAGUGUAGGAGGUCUACUGCCCACCUGCGCUUCAUCAAUCAAUCACCUUUCAUCAGCCAAACUCUAGGAAACUGCUUAGUGGACUGAGAUCAUGAUAUCUCUCCUGUCGACAUCAUCAUGGGUGAUCUGCAAGCAACGCUAGAGCUCUUUGUGGAGUUGAACAAAUUCUACAAUGUUGACCUCUUCCAACGAGGAAUAUACCAAGUGCGGGGGCACUUGAGGACGUCACCCAAGAUCGCUGUUAAACUGGAAGGAUCGCUCUACCAUCGGCCUAACGGAAACAACAAUAGCGGUCAAGGAACUGGCAGUGGUAGCCAGCAGCAAACCAGCUCCUCUGCAUCUACGGCCAACAUCGUCCACCCGGCCUGCGUUCUCAACGGCUCCUUCAUCAGUCAAACAUUCCAAAUCCUUUACCGCAACGAAGACGUCUUCCUGGCGGACAUGGCUCAAUUUAGACUCCACGUCCUAGUGGACAGCCACAAGAUUGAGGAGACGCUCGAGCGGCUGGAUUUGCAUCUGGUGAUGGAGUUGUGGUUCAGCGACCAGGGCUACAGCCUCGGAGAAUCCGGCCUGGAUUCGCAGGAGCGCUUCAGCAAUGGAAGCAGUAGCGGCGGCGGCAUUUUGUGCGUCUCAAGCCGGACACUGCAACUUCAUCUCUCGCCAACGCGCGGCCUACACUACCACCUGCCCGUCCUUUUUGACUAUUUCCAUCUGGCCGCCGUCACGGUCACCGUCCACGCUUCGCUCAUCGCCGUCCACCAACCUUACAUCAACGCUCCUCGAAGCGGCCGUUCUCGGAUGGGCAACAAUGCACGGACGUCGUAUUCGCGUUACGAUGAAUCGUCGUUCGAUAGCUUCUUCUUUCCUGGAGGGACUGGAGUCAAGUCGACAGGUCAUGCCGGUUGGCGGUUGGCUCAAGCCCGACAGGUCCACCGGGAUGUCUGCAGUUUGCUCUCGGCGUCGGCCGAAUCGCUGCGCUCCGCACGACGCCGCUUUCUCAACGAGCUGCCGGAAGACGAUGAACACUCUAGACUGCGCAAUGCUGAGGAGCAGAAGAUUACCGCAUCCGCAUCACAAGUCACCUUGGGUGGCUGUCGCGACGGACACGCCGCCGACUGCGAGGAGGAAUUUGUGGCGGCCGCCAACAACGAGAUCGGCCAGCUCUGCGCCCAGAACGUCCUCCUCUGGAGGCAGUUGCUGGACGUCUUUGCCGGAAGCGAGCCCGUCCGUUUGAUGCUGGCCCAGCAGCAUCAUGCAUACAGAGUCAGACGAUUCGCCGAGGCCUUCUACGUCGUCAACCACCCGCGGCCGGCCAUGGCCAACUGCAACGAUGCCGAUGUCCACACUUAUCUCUACGUGACGGAGGCUCUCCGCAAAUCCAGGUACCUGGCCAGCUUGCCACCAUUGCCAGUAGAGUGCCUAGAAAUGAACGGCGAUAUCAACACUUUGCCUAUCAUUUUCGAGGAUCGUUAUGAGCCGGUAAUCAACGCCGGGUCGAAGAAGAAAUCUAACACUAAUCCUUCGACUAAGCCGAUCACACCACAGCAUUGUGAUGGCCCUCUAGAGUUUCAUCAGCCCAUUUACGAAGAGAUCAACCCACAGACGCCGACUGGCAACAAAGCGCUCGUGCAACAGCAGUCACGGCAAUCGCAUCGGCCUGCGGGUGCCACUUUAGUAGUGAAUCAUGUUUAUCGAUCACUUCCUCAAACGCCCCUCAUUAGCGGAGCGUCUCCAUCCGUCCUGCAUCAUCACCUGGGCCAGCAAGAGUUGCUGCUAGGAGAUCACCGACGACGCUCGUAUGGUGGAGAAAAGGGUCAGAUUCAAGCGGAAUUAGCACGUCCGCUUGUCUCGAUGAUUGCGUCGUCACGUCCUGACGAUGAAAGCGAGGAACCUCUCGUUCGACGCGAUGACGACGACGCUGACCGUUUAAAUGACAAUGGCAACUCGGCAAGCGGAUCACGUUUCAAAUUCCGGCCGUUGGCCACGAGUAAAAGCUCGGAGAACUUUCAUCAACUUAGACGCGUCGCCAUGGCAACGGCUGCCAGACGAAAUCCAUCUCUUCCGGUCAAAUUACUCGGAUACAAGCCCCUGGUGGAGAACAGCGUAGUUAAUCCGCAAUCCAAUAGCGAAUCGUUACCCGAUCUCAAAUUCACAACUCCCUAUUCCCCCAGCCGACAGGCCGGUACACAGCGGACGAGGCCGCCGACAUCGGAGCUGGCUUUUUGCCACAGCGUAUCCGAUCCGGCUCUUGUUCGCGCGUCCAGCGGACGGACCUUAAAAACAAAUGAUAUCACUGUCAAGGCUAUGGCGUCCACGAGUCCUCUCAUUGAGCGUCUGCGAGCUGACGGUCUGAAUUCCUCAGCCAGCGAUUGCAGUGACCAGAGCGGAUGGGUGUCUUCGACCAUGUCCAGCCGCCAGAAUAGCCCGCCACCGGCACAUCAUCGCUGCCGAACCGAGCAUUGUUAUCCUGAAUCAGAGGCCGCUCCGCUAGCUCCACCGGAAGAGUUCCAAGAUCCGCCUCGGUUGAAAAACUUCGCCGCCAAGCGGUACAACCUGAACUCCAUGCUCAUCUCACCCAAGCGAGACGCUCCACCUGAAGGUACUCGUGGAACAUUCCGCAGCCUUGGAGAAGACGUGGGCAGUUGCAGCAGCACUAAUGGCAACCAGCCCAGCCGUAGCAAACCGCGCCCACUUAGUCAAGAAGAACUCCGGUUGUUGCAGUUGUUAUUGUACGAAAUGUGCCGGCCAGGCCAACCGAAUCCACUUAUUAGAGCGUUGUCUCACUCACUUUACGAGUCGUUGGCUGUUUCUCUAUCUUUGACGUCCAAUAAUCCGUCCGGCCAAAACUACAAGUUGCCAGAGUCGAAUGUUUCGCAUUCUACGUCCCUGCCCUGCCUCAUUAAAAAUCAUGACGAUGAACGACUAGACUUGCAUCCGUUACAUGCGCAAUACCAAGAGAACCAACGACAGUUGCAACAGCAGCAGUUGCUGCAGCAACAACAACAGCAACCGCAACAGCAGCAUGCGCCUCCGUCAGAACAACUCGCCUCUCUUCAUGCCAAUAUUCAGCAACGAUCUGUGUCUUUAUCGACGCUUCAACCCAAAGAGGAAAAGCCUGAAGGCGAAGGCGAAGAGCUACUGCAGCAAAGGUUGGUGUCGAUGUUGGGCGACGGCACACUAUCCUUCCUCAAAGCCAAGGAGGAUUUCAAGCGACAGAUUCACUUUAACGGCACACUUUACUCGGAUAUUCACCCGAUCAAUUCGACGUCGCCUUAUUUCCACGUGGCUGAGGAGUUGAGACCCUUCUCACCCGAAGGACUGCAUUUGAUCGUCUGCGUUCACGGACUCGAUGGCAACUCUGCUGAUCUGAGGCUAGUCAAAACCUAUUUGGAAUUGGUUUUACCCGGUUCCAAUUUGGACUUUCUCAUGUCCGAACGCAAUCAGGGUGGAACCUUCAGCACGUUCGACGCCAUGACCGACCGACUUGUUUCUGAAAUCUUAUGCUACCUGGAGGGCAAUAAUCUCAAUCCAAAGAGGAUCAGUUUCGUCGGCCAUUCUCUGGGCACCAUCAUCAUACGAUCGGCACUCACUCGCCCGCAGAUGCGACCUCUUUUGCCCAAACUCCACACUUUCCUCUCGCUCUCUGGCCCUCACUUGGGCACGCUCUACAACUCCUCCGGAUUGGUCAAUAUGGGCUUAUGGUUAAUGCAACGUUGGAAAAAAUCUGGCUCGCUACAACAGCUCUCUUUAAAGGAUGCCGAUGAUCCGCGCAAUUCAUUCCUAUACAGGCUAGCUAGAAACUCGGAAUUGCAUCAUUUUCGCUAUGUGAUUCUUUCAGCAUCUGCUCAGGAUCGAUAUGUUCCUCUCCAUUCGGCUCGCGUGGAAAUGUGUCGAGCAGCCGUGAAGGAUCCCACCGUCUUGGGCACAAUAUAUCAAGAAAUGGUUCAUAAUAUCCUUGGUCCGCUGAUGAAUAACGACAAAGUGACGGUAGUCCGUUACGAUAUCCAUCACGCCCUGCCAUCAACUGCCAACGCUCUGAUCGGUCGCGCCGCACACAUUGCGGUACUCGAUUCCGAACUUUUCAUUGAAAAAUUUCUUCUCGUCGUAGGAUCAAAGUAUUUUCAGUGAAAGGAUGCAUUCAUGAUCUCAUCUACCUUAGCCACCUCGCCCCGGCUGGUUGGUAGACAAAAUGUAGGUAAUUAUGGCGGAUGUUUGUGGAAAAGAAGAACAAAAGAUUAUUUAAGUACUUGAAACAAGUGUUGAAAUUUAGAGCAAAAAAGAAUCUGGUCAACCGUCCAAUGCUACAAUAAGAAGACAAAUGACGAUGGUUGAGGGAAGACCAUUUUGUCAAGUAAAAUUUUCUCGUUCGGUCGUUUUCUCUUGUACAUAGAGAUUUGAAAUUAAUCUUUAGCAAAAUUUUGUCGACUCUUCGUUGCACCGAUCAAAAUUUCUAAUCCCGUUCGAUUUUUUCCCCCCUAUCAUUGUUUAUUUAUCUGUUACGUUGAGUUUCAAUGCAAUCAUGCCCUCCUGCUGAUCUAAAAGUCUUCCCAGUGAGCUAUCCUUAAAAUAUUUGGCAGCAGAAAUCGGCGUAAGGUGAGAAAAACAACCAAAGUAAAACUUUAAAACGAUUUGAAUCAAGGUUCCUGUGUGUAAUAUCCAUGUAUAAGAGAUGAUUUUAAAGAGAAAACAAAAAAACGCUCAUACUUUUUGCACGUCCAUGAGAAUCUUGUAUACAAACAUUGGAAAUCAAGUAUUCUGUCAUUUCUCAGCAUAGGUUUCUCCACCUCCUUCUCGUCAAUCUUUCCCUUAAUUGAUUUUUUUGUUUUCGUUUCGCAUGAGCCAAUUCUCAUGAAAAUUUGUUGAUGUAUAUCAUGUGCCCAAUAGUUAUGUGCAAUUUUUGCUUGUUUUUACAUAACACCAUUUGACUUAA